AUGACUUUGGAUAAUGACGCAAAUGAGUCUGGUAAAAAGAAAACACCCAGUCAAACAAAAAUUAAAAAGGUCGUGGUCCAUCCACUCGUAUUAUUGGGGGUCGUUGAUCACUAUAGUCGAUCUGGAAAAGUCACGAGUGGUCAGAAGAGAGUUGUAGGUGUUCUUUUGGGCUCAUCAAAUGGAAGCAUUUUGGAUGUCAGCAAUAGCUUUGCAGUUCCUUUCGAAGAAGAUGCCACUGAUCCGGAUGUUUGGUUUCUCGACCACGAUUAUUUGGAAAGCAUGUUUACCAUGUUUAAAAAAGUUAACGCUCGAGAAAAGAUUGUGGGUUGGUAUCACUCCGGUCCUAAGCUUUGUACAAACGAUAUUAAAAUUAACGAACUUUUCCGGAAAUAUGCUCCGAACUCAGUUCUGGUAGUUGUUGAUGUCAGAAGAAAAGAAAUUGAUGGGCUACCCACUGAGGCUUAUAUCGCAGUUGAAGAAGUUCACGAUGAUGGAUCCCCAACAACGAAAUCUUUUGAUCAUCUUCGAUCGGAAGUAGAUGCUGAAGAAGCUGAAGAAGUUGGUGUUGAACACUUACUGCGGGAUAUUAAGGAUACAUCACUUGGUUCUUUAUCGCAAAGAAUCGGUUGUCAGUUAGAUGGAUUAUCCGGUUUAUUGCGACAGUUAUAUGAAAUUCGUGAAUACUUGCAGUUGGUUUCUUCUGACAAGCUUCCUGUUAACCAUCGUAUAAUAUACCAGUUGCAAGAUAUUUUCAAUCUGCUUCCUGAUCUUAAACUGCAUGAUACAGUCCGUGCAAUUCACGUUAAUACUAACGACCAAAUGCUUGUUAUUUAUGUUGCUGCUAUAAUGAGAGCAAUACUUGCCUUACACGAUCUAAUUAGUAAUAAAUUAACAAAUCGUGAAACUGAGAGAAAUGAAGAAGGUUUGGGUGGUAAUACAGAGUCGAAAAAAGUUCCUAUUGGUUCUGUUGAUCAAAAUAAUGGAAAAGUGGAAAAUGGAGCAAAAGCAAAUGGGUUAGAUUCAUCAAGGAAAAAGACUGACAAAUAA